AUGCCUCUCUUGCCCUCUCUGGCGACCUUUACACCAGGACUGAAUUCUGGGAAGCCAAGCCUGGAAGCGAACAUGGAGCACAGCACGGCCCGGAAGCCCGCCAUGGCCUGUGGAAUGGCUGCGACUCGCGCUUCCUGCCGAAACAGAGAGGUAGCUCUUUCCAAGAACACAGCUAUGCCGCUUUUGCCAAGAUACCCCCCGGCAGCAUGCAAGCCUACCGUCUUCUGGCCGGAGGUGGGCAGUCCAGUGGGCUCGGCGGCAGCAGCUGUGGCCGUCCACUAUCGAGCAGACUGUGCCAAAGGUGCCGGGAAGACCCCCGCAGCUCCGCUAGCGACUACUUGCUUACCUUGGCCCGAUGCCGGCAACCCGCGUCUGGGCAGACGCUUUCUACGGCUGAUGAUCGAAAUCUUGCAUCAGUAA